AUGGGCUUUGGUGAUAAGUGGAGGUCUUGGAUGAAGUGUUGUGUGGAGCUGGUUAGAUUUUCAAUUUUGGUAAAUGGCUCUUCAACUUGUUAUUUCAAAUCGAAGAAAGGAAUUAGACAAGGAGAUCAUUUAUCUCCUUUCUUAUUUCUUCUUGUUGGGGAAGCUCUAUCUUAUAUGAUAAAACAAGCUCAAGAACAAGGUUUGAUAUCUGGAUUUCAAGUGGCUGCUAAUGGUACUUCUGUGAGUCAUAUGCAAUUUGCAGACGACACUCUCAUCUUUCUAGAUGCUGACAUGGAUCAAAUUAAGAACUUAAGACUUCUUAUUUUAUCUUUUGAGCAGUUAACAGGUUUAAAGAUUAAUUUUGCAAAAAGUGCAAUUUAUGGUGUAGGCUAUGAUGGAGACAUUGAGCAGUUCUCUUCAUUUUUGGGGUGUUAUACUGGCGUGUUACCUACCACUUACUUGGGUCUACCUUUAGGUGACAAAAGUGGAGGAUAUCUAAAAUGGGAUAAAGUCAUUGAGAGCUUAAAAAGUUGGCAGGUUGGAAAAAGACCAUUCUAA